AAAGCUGAUGCUCUUUGCAUCGACUGCGUACAUGCUUCUGUUUUUGUUUGCAACCAACAUCAGCCUCAGGAUUUUGCAUUUUUUUCUCUCCAAGCCUCGCCAAGAAACAGAUCCUGAAAAUGGGUGAAUCGAUCACCAUGACCCAGAAUCCCCGAUUUAAGUAUGAGGACUGGGUCUCACCUUCCUGUCUUAUACUUUCGUCACAACUGCGUUAAAGCAGUUGUGGAUGACUCUCGGAGAUGAGGCUUUUCUGGGAGAACAGGCUCCAGACACACCUGUGUUCACCAUGGAGGGGGAAAAAACAAGCGUCUGGAAGUACCUGAAAGAUAACAGACCUCUGGUGCUGAGUUUUGGGAGUUGCACCUGACCCCCGUUCAUGUACAAACUUGGUGAGUUCAAGCAGCUCGUCAGGGACUUCAGCGACGUGGCUGACUUUCUGGUGGUCUACAUCGCAGAGGCUCAUUCAACAGAUGGUUGGGCUUUCGCCAAUAACAUUGCCAUCAAGCGCCACAGGAACCUGGAGGAAAGACUGUCUGCAGCCCGGAUUCUGGUCCAGGAGGAGACCCUCUGCCCCGUGGUCGUGGAUUCAAUGAGUGACACGACCUGUGUUAAAUAUGGUGCUAUGCCAGAGAGACUUUACAUACUGCAGGCAGGAAAGAUCAUCUAUAAGGGAGAAAAGGGCCCCUGGGGAUACAAACCACAAGAGGUGCAUUCAUUUCUGCAGAAGAUGAAAUAAGGUGGCUAAAUUAAGUAAAACCAUGAACUUGUCAUCUAAUGGUUUUAUAUGAAAUUAAGGCUCGAUUUUUAUUGAGUGACAGAAGUCCCCAGAAUAAUACCUAACUUUGUUUGACAUAAUACUAUGUUAUCUCUUUUUGUGAAACUCAGAUCAAAAACCUGCUUCACCUGCUUGUAGUUAUAAACCAACUACCUGGAUAUAUAACACAAGAUAAGUAAAAAAACAAAAAAUCAUAACUCUUUCAAGCUUGCACUAAUGCUGCCUUCAGGCCAGCCUGUCAACAUUGGCCGCUGAGUGUGAACUCUCCUCUCACUGUUUCUUAGUGAUGGCUGCAGAUCAAACCGUUGGCCUCUGCAGCCAGAUGGAGUUAAACAUAGAGAGAGAGAGAGACAGUUCACUCAGGGUUUAUGUUGUAGGGACAGAGUGUUUGGAAUAUGUUGUUUAUGUGUCCAUGGUAUUUUUUUUUACUUCCUGAGCUGCCUUAAUUCAGAACUUUAAAUUUAUAUAAGACUGAAGUCAUCGAGAAUCUCCUGGCAGGAGCCGUUACUGAGCGUGCCAUAAGUGAACUAUUGUGUACUGCCUUAAACCAUAGAGAUGAGUUUGUUGAUAAAUACUCCAAAGUACAUCUAAACAAGACAACUUUUUACAUGACGACCACAGUGCAAACCUCUCGUCGCUGUGGUUUGAUGACUUGAAAGUAGACUGCUUCUGAUUUAUAUUGGAGUAUUUGACAAACCUGAUGCAUUACAAUUUAUGAAGUAAUGUAUCAGACAGAAUUAUCAUCGAUCUGGAUAGAGACUAGUAUCACAUUCAGAGUUUAUACAUGACUUAAAGAUUUGUUUUUCCAUUUGUUUUAACAAUUGAUCGGUAUUUUCCAUGUUGGGAAUGAGGUCAGCUGUUAACUUACCUUUCGGGCAAUAAUUUGGGAAAACUCAAGAGCUGAAAAAGUGUAAACCAUUCAAAUGAGAUUAAGCAGAACUGCACAUAAACAACUGCUGUACAUAAUUUUGUUGUUAAACUGUCACUUCUCAUAGCAAUUAAAACAGAAGACUGUUGCAAAUUCACAAAGGGUGUCAUUAUUGCUUGGUGAUUCUUAAUAAAAUAGAGUUUCGGGGCGUCGAUGCUGACGUACGCCGCGGUCUUCCACCA